UAAUUUUCAGAAAAGCGACCAACUUUAAUUAUUUUGAUUCGUUAGUUUUAAGUACAAUACUGAAGCAAAAAUGGCUAGCAGACCAAAGGGAUUCGGACUGACCAGAGAAACGGACGAAAAAUUGAGAGCAAAAUAUUCAGUAGAAGAUGAGCAGAAAAUUGCAAAUUGGAUACACAAACGCACUGGCAGAAAAUUUACCGGAGAGGGACAAGACGAAUUCAGAGAUUUUCUCAUGGAUGGUCAUGUACUCUGUGCGCUCUAUAACUCGUUUAAGUAUGGAAAAGACUUGAAACCUAAUGAUGGAAGCAAAGUUAAAUUGCAAGCGAUGAGGAAUAUGAAAGAAAGUGAAAAUAUAGAAAUGUUUUUGAAAGCGGCUGAAGGAAUGGGAAUGAAGCGAUUAGAUAUGUUCCAGACUGUCAACAUUCGGGAUAACCAGAAUAUGUCUCAAGUUUUGAGCACGUUAUUAGCUCUUGCUAAUGUUGCUAAGGCAAGAGGCGUGGAUGGAGAUUUAUCUAUCGCGACGAAGAUAGCUCAGGAAAACCCAAGAGAAUUUGAUGAACAAACGCAACGAGAAGGACGGAAUAUCAUUGGCCUACAGAUGGGAACAAACCAAGGAGCUUCACAGGCAGGAAUGACCGGAUACGGAGCGCAAAGGCAGAUCAACCACAAGAGUAAUUAAGCGCAUCUUUCUAUAAUUACUACAAUUUUUAUUGGCCAGUGUUACAAUUCAGAAGAUGAUCCAUCUACUCAAGGUCUUUAAAUACUAAACAUAUUAUUGGCAUAUAGGCUUGAAAGUUGAAACAAUUGAAUUUUGAAUUAAAUUUAUCGUCCGUUAAGUCCAUUACAAGGUCAUCUCCUUUGAAUGGAAUAAAAAAAUGUAAAAAUUAUGAUGCAAUAAUAAACUCUUUUAUGAAUCAUACCUGGCCGCAUCUGAUCAUUCUUUUAUAUUCUUAUGAACUGGAUAAAAUUUGAUUGCAUUAUUUCCAUCGGCAAAAUGAUGCUCAUAUUUUACCAUUCUUUUAAUAUGUCACUUCACUCAAAAUAACAACAAUUGAUAAUUACUGCUUUUUUUCAUUUUUAAAAAUGGCUGCAUGAAUCGUACAAAUGAAAACUGGGAAUUUUGUUGUAACUUGAUGUAAAUCUGACAAUCUUUUUAGUUUCGGUUUUUCAAUAUUUGGCCAAUACGUACUUUUCAAACGUGUGUUAUUUGAAUUUCAUUUUCCGAGGCUAUAGGACGUUACUGCACUCAUUUAAAAUAAAUUCCUAUAUCUUUUGAUUGACCAAGAAUUUUAACCAUGGGUGUGUAUAUAAAAUCAAAUGCAAUUUUACGAAAGUGAACUCAUUCCAUUCAGUUUGUUAAUAUUUCGAUAUAAUCUCGGAUGUAUUUUUAACGAAAUACUGCUAGUAUUGUUUUUAUGUAAUAAAGUACACUUUAUGCUUCAAUAA